UGUUAGAUUUUUCGUCCACUUGUGUCAUGAUCCUGUAAACUGGUCUGGUUCCAUAUUUUGAAAGAUAUUCUACUUUGUUAGUUAUUUAUGCUUCUAUUCAAUAACGAUUCAUUCGUACGCAUGCGUCAAUAACUUGUUUUCUCUGAGCAACCGUAACUUACGAGCGCCACAUCAGUUUAGACUAGACUGUGUAGCGUUGUACGUUUCAAACAAAACUACUAUACCUUCUCCCCUCUUUACCAAUACAUGACAGCACCCACAUCUUAGAGCCUAUAUUGUAUCAAGUUACAUUUAUUUUAAUCUUUUCUUGACAGUCACGACCGUUGCUGCUACCUUGACGUGAUGGUUAGGUUUGCCUACCAUGCCAAUCGAGCUAUACUGCAUGGAACAAUCGUCCCUCAGGGUCCUACCAUGCCAGACUUGUUGAACGAAGAGCGUUAGAAUAAAAGCAGCAAACCCAAGGUCCGAGGGCGAAGUCGUACUGCUGACUGUACAGAGGUGUGACGGAAGUAAAGUGUUUCCUUUAAACAACCAGCAUAACAGAGAUGCUACCUUCCCACAAGGGAAGGUGGGGUUAGAAAAGGUCAACCGUAAAUAUACAUGCCUCGCCUUAUCCCACGGAUAUCCGUCUCCAGCGGUAAGGCCUCAACAAGUACGGAGCUAACAUGAAAAUUACUCACAAAAAAGUCGUAUGUGACCGACUUCAAACAGUUGUCCCUUGGGCACUGCGGUCACACUCUCAAGUCACCAAGACCAUCCCUAACCCAAUUUUCUUCUCAGGUAACUCUGGAAAACCCUUCCACAUUGUAGGCAACCAGGAAGUGAUAACCACCCUCAUACCUCUAACAGCAGUCGAGAUCAGUGUAUUCAUAAUCAUUCUCCCUCUUCAACUCCUAUAAUUCCUCCUACGUCGACUUCUAACUAUAAACGUCCUCCUCAAGUGUCACCAUAGUCAACGGUUCUAGUGCGCGAACCACUCUCAGGUCUACUGAAACUUCGCUCCAAACUACAUGUUGGAGCCAUCAAUGUACUCGCCCUAUGUCAAAUCGACCAGCUGGACACCUUUACUAAAACGCUAGAAUUUUGUACCACUGGUGUAUGCUGUCUCCGAAGCACGCAUAUAGGAUCCCAGUGUGGUCAUCCACUUGACCUCACCUCGCCAAAAUGGAAAGCCGAUGAGACACACCCUCCGUGUAUCUGGCGACCCGAUAGCUAGUUCUCGUGGACUGACGUGUAGGCAUAGUACUAAGUAUGAGGUCAGAACAACCACUUUUAAGAUGGAUCCUUGGUAACAUUCGCCUAUGUGCUGUUCGUCUAAACGGCUCCGUAAGAACUCGAAAGGAUGGGGACCUUUUCGUCAUUUCUGCCUACGCCCCUACUGACUUCAGCAUAAGGAGAUAUCUAACAUGGCGACCCCCUGCACCAAACCAACGAUGGACUCAAAUAGACCAUAUUGCCAUCAGUCAUCGUUGGAUAGGCUCAAUAUAAAACUUUCGCUCGUUCUGGAACACCUGUUUGGACUCAGAUCAUGCUCUAAUACGAGUACGCAUUUGCUUGCACCUCGCUGGAUGCAGAAAAACCACAUUAAGAAGACCCAUCAGAGUUGAACUCAGUGACGAACAAGCCAAAAGCAGAUUCCAGGAACAACUUAAGUCACACUUAGUCAAUUUUGAAAACAAGACUGAUCCAGAUGUUGUAUGGAAAGAUACACGAACAGCUUUGGAAACUGCAGUGACAUCUACUAGUGAUUUGAACCAAUGGGUUACGAAAAACUAGUGGGUUUCUGCGACAUCUAUUGCACUGGUAGAUUUUUGUAAACUUAUCCCAUCAGGCUCUAAACACGAUGAAGAGCGAAAACAAGUCAGAUCGAGGUUAACUAAACGUCUACGGAACGAUCGUGAGCAGUGGUGGGCAAAGAAAGCAAAAGAGAUGGAAAAGGCAGUGGCUGUAGGUUUCACAAGACAAAUUUUCCAGGCUUAUGAAAUAAACCGGAAUUAAGAAGUCAAAUGUAAGUGAUACGAUCUCGGAAAAAGACGGCACUUCCAUCUAUCCUCAUCCCAGACGUUCAGAACGAUGGGUGGAACACUCUAAGGAGCAGUUCAGCAAGCCUUCACCUACUCUACAACUACCCACCAUUCCCAAACAGUCUGAAUGGAACAUUGAAGUAGGCCCCCAAACUCUAGUUGAAGUUCAAAAAGCUAUAGCUAAUCUGAAAUGACGAGGAGCAGGUGGUCCAGAUGUCGGUCAGUCAGCUAGCUAUAACGUAGGACUGGGCACAUAUAUGCAUCGGUCCAAGUUGCCAAACCUCAUUAGCGAUUAGGUUGACUAAUAUAUCAGCUGAAACCUGGGACUGGACGUAAUCCCAUCUGACUGGUCGCAAUCACUGGUCUUCUCAAUAUGUAAGAAAGGAUCGAAAUCAUCCUAUGACAAACCAUAGAGGGAUUAGCUUGACUAAUAUAGUGUCUAAAAUACUAGUCUCAUUAAUUAUCGGACACCUAAAAAGGACUCGUGAACUGAAAACACGAUAAAAUCAAGCUGGCUUUAGACCUGAUCGUGGCUACAUCAACCACAUAUUCACUAUUCUUCAGGUUUUAGAACACCUGUGUGCUUAUUGACGUCCGACAAUGAUAUUUUUUCCUUACUUAAAGACAGCAUUUUACUAUAUAGACCGAGAGGUUCUGUGACAGUCUGUCUCUGAAAGGCGUACCUCAGAGGUACAUAAACUUUGUGAAGGUUCUUUACUCGAACGCUACCAGUCGAUUCACAGCUUAUGGCGAACUGUCAUCUGAUUUUGUAACCUUAAGUGAUGUCUAACAAGGCUAUCUUCAUUAUUGUUCAACUUCAUCAUAGACCAACUGCUGCAAAUAACGUUCUUGUCGUCUGAAUUUUCAGAAAUUGAUCUCCUACCAAAAGGUUCACUUAUCAACUUAGAAUACACAUAUGACAUAGUCCUGCUUGGUGAAGACGCCGAUGAAAUGCAGUCUUAUGGUAGCACUGAGCAACAAUGCCAGGAUGUUUGGGAUGCGUUUCUCCCCCUCUAAAUGCAAGUUAUUGCUUCAGGACUAGCGUGCAUCAACACCAGAACUAAGGAUAUGGAGUGAAGUAGUCGAACGCGUUGACAACUUUAUUUAUCUUGGAAGUCUGAUCAGCCGUAGUGGGUUGGUGUCUGACGAAAUCUCUGCACGGAUUGAGAAAACUCGUUUGACUUUUGCCAACUUACGUCACCUAUGGAUUAGGCGAGAUAUCCGUCUAUCAAUAAAAGGACGAGUAUGUUGCGCGACAGUUCGUCCUGUUCUACUUUGCGACUGCGAAACGUAGCCAUUAAGAGAGGAUACUCGUAAGUUACUAGUAUUUGAUCACAAAUGUCUUAGAAAUAUUGCUCUCAUCUGCUGGAAUCAGGUAAGUAAUAGUGAGGUUAGACACAGAGUACAAGGGAAUGAUGGUCAAUCAGUCGAUGAAGAUUUACUUCAUCAACUGAGAUGAUUGGGCCACGUGUUGCGUAUGUUCAAUCACUAAUUACAACGACGCGCAAUGCUGAGUGAUGUUGGAGAGGGUUGGAAGUAAGUUAGGAGCGGCCAAAAAAACGUGACAUCAGUUCUUGAAGUCACUAACUUCUAGUCUGAGCCAUGUUGGUAGAUGCAGACUACUUGGUUGACGUCUGCGUGACUAUCACUGAUUAUUAUUUAUUUGAACACAUAAAUACUGGUACAAGGGGCACCAGAUACAUAUGCUCCACACAAAUCUCAUUUGAUUUGUGUGAGGGCUGUGAUACUGCCCGGGUGCCAAAACCGAAGCAAGGGGUUUCCUUAGGGGGCCACAAUCAGAGCCUUCGACCUGAAUGUCUGGUCCACAAGGCAGUGAAUCAUCGUAAGGAGAUACAGUCCCAUGGUAGCCUGUGACCAACAAUUGGUUCAUACGCCAUUUGUUCCUUCAGAGUACCGGAGCCCAUGUGCACCAUUGGUUCGGAAUCAGGGUUUUCCAAUUCCUCUAGGUGGGUUCUCCGUGUCCACCAACCCGGUUAGAGCGCCGGGCAUUCGCCUUUCAUCCUCUCAAUUCCGUAAACAACGCCCUCGCCACGAGAAGGCAGUGAGUAGGACUUCCCUGGCAGAUACUAUAUACGCGUGGCCAUGUGAGAACAUUUCGAGAGGGAGAGCGAACUCUCCUCACUCUCGGCUGUACCAGGGCAUUCAGAGGCGCGUGACUAUCGUAACCAAUAGUUGGAGACUGGGUGACAGGGGUCAGAAUCGAUCACAAUGGCGUAAGUGUACACGCUCUUUGUCUUUCCUUAAACCAUGAGAUUAAAAUUGCUUUAUAUCCUUCUACCAACUAAUUCUUUCUUCCUGUACUAUAUUCUCUUACGAAAUGUUAUUUUAUUUUUACUACCAUUGAAGUAACGUCUAUCAAUUUGGUGUUCACCUUGUGCUAAUGAGGUGUGGCAAUUUGGAUCAUUGCAUAUAUGUGCCUGGUCCUACAUUGUAGCUGGCUGUCUGACUUCCUUAAUAGUUUGUUAGUCGUUUUAUUGGUUUUCCAACUUCAACGUUGUGUUGCCAUAGGAUUUCCAGUAAAGCCCCACUGUGUUUACCCAGUUUUCACUGAUCCUGAGGACUCACAUGAAGUUCUAACCUCUAAAAAUACUCAAAGAAACGAAUUCCUUCAAAUAUUGAGCGCUGUUUAGAAUUGGCUGAGUCGUAAACAACUCAAGAGUAAAGUUUCAUCGAUAACCACUUGGUUUUGCUAUUUGAAAAUCAAUCUGGGAUCAAUGAAAGAUUGUCAACUGAUUUUGCAUGAUGUUCCCGAAAACACAGAGUUAGGGAUUGAUCUGAAGUUUUGGAGGGUUGGCAAACACUUUAAAGGCAUCAAAGAUAUACCUCUAGGAGUACACUUUGUCUAUUAUAGUGCCGUAAAUUCAGACUGUAUGUCAGGUCAACGUGUUGGAUUCGUAGCAAAUUUCACUCAACCUGGUUUCAUUGUUAAGAAGUGGCAAAAAGAAAAAGAGGAUUUCAUAGAUAUUAAAUUGACUGAUAACGAAGUAGAACGUAUUAUUUCGAAUUUCGAUGAAAUUUCUAUGUAUCUGGGGCAGUAUCCUGCGGAGUCACACAGAGAUUGGAUUUCGUUGUCUAAUUUUAUAACAACAUGUACAUUAACUCGUCUUGUUCCCUACUGUGGUCGUCUAUAUUCCUGUCCACACUUCUUAUCUGAACCCUCUAAUACCCAAGAACGCCUGGCUCUUAAAAAUUCCUAUGCGACUAGCUGUUCAAAUAAAAAUUCAGAAGACCUCUUACCGAAUUUAUCUAUUAUUCCUGGUACAGAGGUACGUUUUACUUCAAUUCCAACAAAACCACUUUAUCCACCUCUUUCAUCUCCAUCGGAAAUCACUGCCCAUUGUAUGGAUCAAACAUAUACUCUUUGUACUACUAUGGACGUAAUCUUCUCGAGCAUCAAUUCAGAAAAGGCCAGUGGCUUAAGUAAGGAUCUGGAAUCUGCUCGCGAGCUGCUCGGUGAAUUUCAAUUUGCUUUUCUCAAUUUAUUAUUAAAUCAUUCAAUGGAAGGCUGGGAACAGUGGCGUCGUAUAUUCCAAUUACUCGCUAAUUGUGAGAAAGCGAUUGUUAAUUAUCCUAAUUUGUACAUUGACUUCAUUACAGUUAUUUAUCACCAGUUAACUAAUGCAAAUAGAUCAGAGGUGUCAAGUAGCAAUUCAGCUGUGGAGUUACUCGAUAUUUUCUUUUCGGAAUCAUCUAGCUCAAGUACACAGUGGAAAUUAACCGAACCUGGCUUUUUACCAACUAUGAUUGGGCGUCUUUUGAAAAAUAUUUAUUCUGUUUGUACUUCUGAUAUAACUAACAAAACAUCUCCCAGUGAAACUAGUAAUAUUCUGAAAGAUCUCUUUAAACGUGCAGAUGGCUUUGCUCAUAGCAUAAAACAUCGAUUCAAAUGGGAUAUGAUCACUUCAUAUCAGUUAUUACAAAGGUGUACUCCAAAUAUAACCGAAAUUCCUAUUGAAGAAUUUGACUGGGAUGGAGAUGAAGCACCUGUCAUUGUACAGCUGUAAACAAGUCUGAAAUAAAAAUUAUUUCCAAUUUUUUAAUCAGACUUUUUGUCUGUGUUCACUGCUGCGUAUUUAGUCUGUUAUGAUAUUUUAAGACAUAUUAUUUUUACUACCCUCGUUGCUCGCGUGUUUGCUUCACUUUAGAACCCUGUAGUUGAAAUCAGCGCGUUUUUAAUGAUUCUUGAGUGCGAAGUGGGUAUGCCGAAUAGAGCUUUGUAAUUUCAAAGCAAAUAAAGCUACUUCAAUUAUUGCUAUAUAAGAGAGAGGUGUGACUAGUUAAUAUACUUCCAAUUUUUGACUUACUGUCCGCUAAGAUCCCAUAUUUAGU